AAUCAGUCGCUCCCAUCCAUUAUUAUUCGUACGUACUGCAAAAAUAAACAACGAUACACGUACGGCGUGAUUUGCAAAGAAAAGAGGAGGAGAACGUGAGUACAAUACAUAGUUUUUGAGUGUGAGAGAUGGCGAUGAUGAGUGAGAGGAGGGCGGUGAUGGCGACGGCCGUUCUGCUGAUGGCGCUGACGACGGCAGUGGAGGUGUGCAGAGCGUGGGAUUUCAGCGCCAGCCAGAUAUGGGACAAAACCAAGGAGAAGACCGGCGACGCCGUGGAAGGCGCUCAGGAACGCGGCAGGUCCUUCACCGACUGGGCUAACAAUAAGCUGUCCGCGGACAAGAAAGUUGGAGAAGCAGCCGGCGAGAAGGGCAAAGAUGAUUACUCGGAUUUGUUCGCGCAUAAUAUCCAGGGUUCUCAGGAGAGGGUACAGAUGGCAGACACCGAAACCUUGUUCAAAUUCAAAGACACCAAAAAUGUGGUGGGAAAUGCCAAGGAAAAAGCCCAAUACGCCCAAGAAAAGGUUUCGGAGGCAGCGGGUACUGCCAAGGAAAAGGUAUCCCAGGCCGCCGGUGACAAGGCCCAAGACGCCAAAGAAAAGCUCGGUAACGUCAAGGAUAAGGCCCAAGACGCAAAGGAAAAGGUAGCCCAAACCGCCGGUGACAAGGCCCAAGUCGCGAAGGAAGUGCUCGACAAUGCUAAGGACAAAGCCUACAACGCGAAGGAAAAGGCAUCCGAGGUCGCUGGUGACAAGGCCCAACUCGCAAAGGAAAAGGCAUCCGAUGUCGCUGGUGAUAAGGCCCAAGAUGCGAAGGAAACCCUUGCUAAUGCCAAGGACAAGGCCCAAGAAGCAAAGGAAAAAGUAUCUCAGGCUGCUGGUGACAAAGCUGAAGAUGCUAAGGAGGCGUAUGGGAAAGCCAAAGAGAAGGUGUCCCAGGCCGCCGGUGAUGCGGGCGAUAAGAUGAAGAAUAAGGGCACGACUGAUGAGCUUUAAUUUCUUUUUAACUAGUUUGUAACUUAUUAUGGUAAGGCCAAAAAAAAAAAAAAUUUACUAGCUAGUUAUAUAUAUCGUCGACGGACCUCUAAUCCUUUUCUCUCCAUCAUGUAUACGUAUAUGUGCGCAGGUGGCGCCUUGUUCUGACCUGUAUUGCGUCUCAAGUACUGUCGUAACUUGACAUGUGUUCCAUAAAUUUGAAUUUGGUAUUAGAAAUUUGCUUUUCUACAACAAUUAGUAGAAUAUUGUUAUCUGCCUAAUAAGAAAUGUUGUUAUCUAAC